AUGAGCUCCUACAGUCUUCCUCCCGAAACCAAAUGCUACCAGUACACAGGGACCACAGACUAUACCAACACUCUCCGCGACGAACAAGCCCGCUUCAAGGAUAACGCAACGAGAACCACAAGCCAGUACAUUGUCUUCGACAUCGACGAGCGGACCUACGCCCACGAUAUCUGCGAAUCCAACACGAACCGUCUCAGCGAAUUAGUAGUCUCCUAUAGCCCAUUCGAGAGACUCGCGCUGGUCAAGAUCACCACCGCAGCUCAGCAACAAGCGCACAUGGGGAUCGCUUCGAAGAUGAUCCAGGCGCUGACCGGGAUGGACAAAGCUAAUCAUUCCUUGCAUAUGAUAGGGUCCGCGCAGAUUCGAACACCCUCCCGUAGCAAAAGAGCAGACCAGGAGUUCCAGCCGCGGAAGCUCCCGCCGGGCCGUGAGAGGAAGUGGCCGACGCUGGUUGUGGAAGCUGGAUAUUCUAAUUCGAAACCCAAGUUGGAGUCGGAUGUGGCCUGGUGGUUUGAAGAGUCGGGCGGAGAAGUCAAGACUGCGUUAGUUAUCGCGAUUGAUAGACCGCGGAGGAUGAUCAUUAUCGAGAAAUGGGAAUCGACAGACCAGACAAAGCCCCCGACUGUUCAACAGCAAGUGAUAAUAUUGAGGAAUGAGGUAGAGACUGCAAAUAUCACUAAUGCACCUCUUGUCCUGUCCUAUAAGAAUCUGUUUCUUAAGCUGCCUGGCGAGUAUGAGAGUAAUAUUGACUUCACGGAGAAAGAUCUGCAAAAUAUAGCAGAGAAGAUCUGGCAAGUGGAAGAAAUUUGA